AUGCCGGACUUCUUUAAGGAAUGCAAGGACAAAGCCAACAUUCAAGCACAUUAUGCCAAUCUCUGCAUUCUUGGUCCUUCCGCCCCCUCCAGCACAUCUCAGAUCAGUUCAAGAAAUGCCUCGGCUGAUGAAGAAUUAAUUUUGCAGUGGCUCUCCAAGUUGGAAGAGGAGCCUGACAAUGCUGACACUGAUGAUGAGGACAGCUCUGACACUGACUCGGAUUUAGAAUCAUCUCCAUUUAAUUCGUCAUUGUCACGACCCAUCCCUGGCUCCCAGCACAAUUAUCCAGCUCCCGAGGCUGUAUCCAGCUUCCGAGGCUUGUGGUAA